AUGUCGAGCUCCAACCCUCAGGCCGACAUCAAGAGGAAUCUGGAAACUGUCCGAAUUCAGCGCGCCGUCUGUGAGGCGAUGCCAACAACCAUGCCUCAAAAUGCCGUCUUGUUCGGCGACCUGCCGGCGCAGUGUGAGGUGGCCGAGCUCUUGAUGGUCAACGGGCACUUCAAGUUGGCUUUGAAGGUGAUCGAAUUCCUGGAUUUGCCGGCCGUGGAGCUGUGCAUUCGUGUCAAAUCAAAUAGCCACCCAGCAGGCGAGAUGUCCAACUGGAUCCAUCGUAGUGAAAUUCUUGGAGGCUUGGAUGUCAAGUGUUGGCAUGUGUCUGCAGAACAGAUGGACAGCCUUGUUUCCAACGUGGUGAAUAUUUGGAUCAUCGAGAAGGACCACUGUCCCAGAAAUCCCCCCGUCAGCAAAGAGACGGCCUUGACAUACUCAAGACAUAUUCAAGCGCCUAUCUGCCAGGAGGAGCUGAAGGCAGAUCGCUCGGCCGCCUCCCAGCUGGUACCAUAUAUUCAAGACGAAAGGCGGGUGUGUGCCGAAGAUUGUGUCAAGUCGUGCCAUUGCUGUCAAAUCGUAUAA